UUAGACUUUUAUGUUAUAGGUAAAAGCGCUCGACUUCCUGUCAUAAUCUCGCGCGCUUGACGCAGCUGGAUGUCACAUGUGCGUAACUCUGUAAGGGCCGCAAACAUACCAGCUAUGUAGUGGUACAGUCAGUGUUGAUUGAUGCACAAAGGUAACACAGUUCAGACUUUAUUAAUCAUGUUAGAUACUGAGUGAAAUCUGAUCUUCUGAGGCAGCUGAAUCACGUUUCUGUUGGACAGCUACACUUCCAGGUGCCUUUGGACAAACUUCAACUGUUUUAAUAUGUGGGUUUUCACCUCUACACAUCAGCACAAGAUGCUACUUGUCUGUACUAGAGGAUUAUACAAGCCUGUAUCAGUCACAGGAGAAGUCUCUCUGUUCGCUUGUUACCAUAAAACACAAGUUCUCCUGCGCUCUGAGGACAGCAACAUCAAACCAGUAGUGAGGAGACGACGCAGUGUGUUAAAAGACUUAAACAAGCCUGUGGCAUCUGACCAUGAGAGGUCAGCUGUGAGUAAAACCUGGAGGAAUGAGAAGCCAGGGUUACAGACGAGAGACGACUACAGAGUAUCAUCUGAACUCAGGAAACUGUGUCUGGAGGACUCUGAGGACUGGGAGCGGCCGGCGAGACAGAGGUCAACACAGGACUCCAAAGCAGACGACUAUGAGAUUGUUUUUGGCAUCGCUCCCUGUGUCUUGGCACUCACUCAGGGUAGAAGAAAGGCCCGUAAACUGUUUGUUAAAGAUGGCGAGGCCUCUCACAGGGCCUCUGUGUUAAAGGUGUGUGAGGAGGCUCAUCGGAGAGGAGUACAGGUCCAGCGGGUCAGUAAGAAGGAUCUGGACAAGAUGUCUGCAGGGCGAGUACACCAAGGAGUUUGUCUACAAGCUAGUCCACUGAACUAUCUCACCGAGGACUCUGCAACUAAAAGAAAAGACGACACCACGCCUCUCUGGCUUGUCCUGGAAGGAGUUCAGGACCCGAUGAAUCUUGGCGCCAUCCUGCGCUCUGCGUAUUUCCUCGGCGUGGACAGAGUCGCCAGCAGUCUUCGCUCCAGCUGUCCUCUGUCCCCGGUGGUCAGCAAGGCCAGCUCAGGCGCCAUGGAGGUGAUCGGGGUGUACGGAUAUGAAAACCUUGAAGAUAUGCUGAAGCUGAAGGUGGCACAGGGCUGGCAGGUGGUUGGCACCGUGGGAGCCGAGGCAGAGGAGCGCCAGAUUCCUGUCACCCGGUGUUCAGACUUUCAGAUGACCAGACCCACGUUGUUGUUGAUGGGGGGUGAGGGGGAAGGAUUGUCCGAGAAGCUGCUCUCUCUGUGCCAAACUCUUCUCACCAUCCCAGCUGGCAGAGAUUUGUUCCCCGGUAUCGAGUCUCUCAACGUCUCUGUGGCUACGGGCAUUCUGCUGCACUCUCUGCUGUCCUCCAGGAGGUCGCCAUGAUAAUGACCACUGACCAAAGAUGGAAGGAAAUCAGCCAGAAAACUGAAUCAAUAUGUGCACAAUUAAUGUGUGUAUUGUGACAUUUGAACAGUUGUGUUGUAUGUGAGUGAUUAUUUCUGAUGAUGUACUGAAAUUGAAUAUUCCACUGUAAAUUUAGAGGAUAAGUCAGGUGAUAUUUGUUUCUUAUUAUUAACAAAUUCCAUGAAAAGGACAAAACCAGCAAUGAAUUGAUCUUACCAACAAGUAUUUUCUCUGCGUCUGAUGUCCGAUAGCUUAUUUUUUUGUGCCAUAGAGCUCCGUUGUUGUCCAAAAACUAUUAAUGAGCCACACACUGUAGUUUAUCUUGAGUCAG